UCUCUUACCCUUCAUCUGUCUGUCAAUUAUUUCACUUUCUCUGCUUUUACACAACUCGCUCUUUUCAACGCGUGUAUCUCACGCUCCUUUUUCAAUUUUUGAAUUACUCCUCUGAACCAUUGCAGACAAUCAAAUGAAAGAUUAGCAAUACUUUCCUUCUUUCUCUCUCCUCCCCUUUUCUUUCUUCAUAAUCGGUUUUUUCUGGGUAAAUAAUUGAAUUAAUUGGGAGGGAGCUGGAACCCUAAUUUUGAAAAUUUCUGAGAAAAAAAGAGGGGGAAAUUUGAAAGAUGAAUGUUGUUGGAAGACAAAUGCCGAGGUCAGGUGCUGCUACCCGUCAAUAUUCUGAUAAUGAUGAUAGUAAUUUCAUCGAAGUUCCUUCUAAAUGGCUUCAAUCUGCUGCUAAUCUUCCUCAGGAUUACGGGUUUUAUGGAGGAGAAGGAGGGUCAAAAUGGAAUAGGAACGUGCAGAGGAGUAUGAAUUCAGGGAAUGAAUUUCCAUUGGAUCCGCCUUCACCAUUGAAUUCCUCUAGGACGGCAAGUUUAAGGAAAGCAGAUGGCGGUUUCUCUACUGAAUAUAGCCCCGGGUUGCUUGAUCUUCAUUCAUUUGAUACUGAGCUCAUUCCUGAGUUGCCAGUUAACAACCCGUACGAUGGAUUUUCGCUUAAUCAACCUGCUCAGAGCAAGAGCCUUGAAGAUUCAGAUGUUUAUCUUGCUGCCAAUAAUAAUACAAACAGGGCAAAUUCUGUUGCAAAAAUCAAAGUGGUGGUGCGGAAGAGGCCACUGAACAAAAAGGAGAUAGCGAAGAAAGAGGAUGACAUUAUAACCAUUGAGCCAAAUUCUAAUGCUUUGACUGUCCAUGAAACAAAACUUAAGGUUGACCUAACUGAAUAUGUGGAGAGACAUGAAUUUGUGUUUGAUGCGGUGCUGCAUGAAAAUGUCUCAAAUGAUGCGGUGUAUGCUGAAACAGUGAAGCCUGUUGUCCCACUGAUAUUCCAAAAGACAAAAGCAACAUGUUUUGCAUAUGGUCAAACAGGAAGUGGGAAGACUUACACUAUGCAGCCAUUACCCCUGAGAGCAUCCCAAGACAUGUUGAGAUUAAUACAGAAUACAUACAGAAAUCAAGGAUUUCAAUUGUUUCUCAGUUUCUUUGAGAUAUACGGAGGGAAACUUUAUGAUCUUCUCAGUGAUCGUAGGAGCCUCUGCAUGAGAGAGGAUGGUAAAAAGCAGGUCUGCAUAGUUGGCUUGCAAGAAUACAAAGUAAAUGAUGCUGAAACAAUAAAAGAUUUAAUUGAGAAAGGAAGUGCCACUAGAAGCACUGGAACGACUGGUGCAAAUGAAGAGUCAUCAAGAUCACAUGCUAUACUUCAGCUUGUUAUUAAGAGAUCAGCUGAUGGUAGUGAAUCAAAGCCUCCUCGAGUUGUUGGCAAACUUUCUUUCAUAGAUCUUGCUGGAAGUGAACGUGGUGCAGAUACUACAGAUAAUGAUAAACAGACAAGAAUGGAAGGUGCCGAAAUUAACAAGAGCCUCCUUGCUUUGAAAGAGUGUAUAAGAGCUCUUGACAAUGACCAGAACCAUAUUCCUUUUAGGGGAAGUAAGCUUACUGAGGUUCUGCGGGAUUCUUUUGUUGGAAACUCCCGUACAAUUAUGAUUUCUUGCGUUUCUCCAAACUCAGGUUCCUGUGAACAUACACUUAACACACUUAGAUAUGCUGACAGAGUCAAGAGUCUGUCCAAGGGAAACAACUCGAAAAGGGAUCUGCCAUCAUCAACAAUAUCUAAAGACUCGAAUUCACAACUCUCCAGCUCCAGUUCAGCUCAAAUGUCAAAUCUUGAGGGCACCACAACUGAUGGCCUAAAUGGAAGCGGCAGGUUUGGAUGGUCUAGGGGACUUGACAGAGAAGCCUCUCCAUCUCCCAAACUAGAACGUGUUCCCAGUGGAAGGGCAGAUAACACAUUUGUUUCUGGAUAUUCAGAUUAUUACAGGGGUCACAAGGGAGGUCAAGUUGACAUGUCAGUUGAUGAUUAUGACAACUCUGAAGACAUUUUUGAGCAAGAGAAGCCUUAUCGGUCGAAGAAUAAGAAGGCAGAGACCUAUAAUGUGCCAGCUACCGAUAAUAGAAUGAGGAAAAACCUUUCUGACCUCAGUUCUAAUAACACUAGUUCAGAUGAUGAUCUUAAUGUGUUACUGAAGGAAGAGGAGGACUUGGUUGCUGCUCACCGAGGAUUAAUUGAAGAGACAAUGGAACUUGUCAGGGAGGAGAUGAAUCUGUUGAUUGAAGCUGAACAACCUGGAAACCAGGUAGAUGAUUAUGUCUCCAACUUGAACUCCAUUCUGUCACAGAAGGCUGCUGGGAUCCUGAAACUGCAAAGCCAGCUUGCUAACUUCAAGCAACGCCUCAAUGAGCAUAAUGUUUUAGUUUCUUCUGCUAGAUACUGAAUUUAUCAAGACGCUUCUUCGAGAAGUCAGUAAGCCACAUGGUUAAUAAUGCGAUAGGGAGUGGACUGCAUCGAGCUGGUUUGAUAGCGUUUCUGAUUGGAAUGUUUGCAGCAUUAGGAAUAUCUAGGGCACCAAGAGCCCCUGCUACUAUAGGGCCAUGGAUUUGGAAAGGUUCAGGUACCUCUGUGACGAUUUGAUUCUGGCUUGUCUUUCAGGGUGGUGGUUUCACCCUUAUUGCAGGGCAGUACUAUUAUUUUGUGAAGGGCAUUUGACUCACCGGAGUUGCAUUCCUUGCUACUCCUUCAAAGACAAACCCCCUACCCCCAAAAAAGCAAAGUACAAAAAAAAAGGUUAAAAAAUCACUCCUGCAGGUAAGUGAGUGAGUUCUAUAGGAUUGUAAUACACACAACACAACUGCUGAUUAGCAACUCUUUUUGAAAGCAUUGCAGCAGCUUAAUGUAUAAUCAUGGUGUAAGGGCACUCUUUAAUUGGUGUUCUAAUUUGAUAAUGUAUCAAGUUCUAUUCUAUGUAUUUGUUUCUUGCCUUUC